GCCAGUGAGAAGCGAGCCGCGGUUAGAAGUGAACGCGUCUCUCGACGUUUUCAUAUCGCGUACUCCCACUCGUCAACCGUUAAAACUUUUAAUUUAUUUAAAAUUUGAAUUAAUAAAAAAUAAAUUUUAAUAAACAUUUGUCGGUGUUUUCAAUUUAUUAAAAUAAUGUUUUGAAUUUCGUUUAAUUUAUAAUUCUUAUUGGAACUUUGUGACAAGAACUUUAAAAAUGAUGAUGGCCAGUGCGAAGUUGGUGCGGGAGUGCAGCUCGGAGUUGGGCUCCGACGUGCGCUCCCUGUCCGUGGCGUCGUCUUCCGAGGAGCAGGAGUCCACCACAGCCACAGAGUCCGAUUAUUCCGAAGAAGAAAAAGAAUACGAAUUGGAUGAUUUGCAGAUUUUAAAAACUAUAGGUACUGGAACAUUCGGGCGUGUAUGCCUGUGCCGGGACAAGGCGGCAGACGAAUACCUGGCGAUGAAGAUCCUGUCUAUGGCCGAUGUCAUCCGCCUCAAGCAAGUCGAUCACGUCAUGAACGAGAAAAACAUACUCGCAGAAAUUAAUCAUCCCUUUGUUGUUAAUCUGCGAUGGUGGACUCAUGAUGACUCCUGCCUGUACAUGCUGUUCGAGUACGUAUGCGGCGGUGAGCUGUUCUCCUACCUGAGGAACGCGGGCAGAUUCAGUAAUAGCAUCGGUAACUUUUAUGCGGCAGAGAUAGUGUCAGCGUUAGAAUAUUUACAUGCGAGAAACAUCGUGUACCGAGAUCUCAAGCCUGAGAAUCUGUUGCUAGCUAAAGACGGACAUUUGAAGAUAACAGAUUUCGGCUUCGCGAAGAAACUGACGGAUCGGACGUGGACGUUAUGUGGAACACCAGAGUACUUGGCACCUGAGAUUAUACAGAGCAAAGGGCACAAUAAAGCCGUGGACUGGUGGGCACUAGGUGUGCUUAUUUAUGAAAUGUUAGUCGGCUACCCGCCUUUUUACGACGACAACCCGUUUGGCAUAUAUGAGAAAAUCCUUAACGGUAGAGUUGAUUGGCCGCGUCACCUCGACCCCAUUGCCAAGGACCUUAUCAAGAAGCUCUUAGUGCAAGACAGAACAAAAAGGCUCGGCAAUAUGAAGUGCGGAUCUGAAGAUGUUAAAAGGCACAGAUGGUUCAAGCAUUUGGACUGGGCGGACGUGUUCAUGAAGAAAUUACAGCCACCCAUAAUGCCGACGGUGUCAUACGAAGGAGACACGUCCAACUUUGACGAGUAUCCCGAAACAGAUUGGAAGGCGGCACGCGCGCUCGAUCCUGACGAACUCAAACUCUUCUCUAACUUUUGAUGCACUUACACAAUAAUUUAGAUUUCGAAUAUUUUUAAGUCUGUACAUUGCAACAGACAUCUACAGCCAUUUGCCAUUAGAGAUAGAAAUGGAAAUUGAAAAUAUUUUAGAUGUUUUAACUCCUUUUGAUUUUCAAAAGUUGUUAUCUCGUAAAUUAAUUUGUUUUGUUUAGUAAGAGCUACUAAACUAUUAAGUGUUUACGUGUCUACAUUAUUGUAUGUGUAGAACAUUAUUAUGUUCCUCUUGCAUUAGAUGUAUUGCUGUGUAGAAACGAAAUGUUUUAAUUGUGUUUUAGAAGUUUGUAACAUGAUAGUUUUUUAUUAAUUUGUCUUUGAAAUAUUUCAAGUUAUUAUUUACGGUUUCGUUACCUAUCCUAUUAAAUUCGAUGUUGCAUUUAAAACUGUAGAUUUUGCAGAUAUUAGUGAUCUGAUUAAAAUUCUGAUCAAUUUUCAGUAACACGAGAACAGGUUCAAAUAAUAAAGUGUCGUCUUGUGAAUAAUUAAGACAAAAUUAACUUUCAUUUUGUUUGAAUUAUUUUUAGAAGUUUUCUUAAAGAAAUCUUUAUGUCUAAUGACGGUCAAUAUUUCUACAUUUAAUUUCGAUCCACAUAGAUAAUGACUAUAACAAUUCCAACGCUUUCUAGUAAAUUUUUAAGCGAUUAUUAUAGUUUUAUCUUACGAUUUAUUUGGAUUCUUAUCCGAUGUUUGUGAUUUUAAGCGUAGUAUUAUUUAAGUAGAUUUAAGUGUGUAGUGUAAGUAUUUAUUUGCUAUUGUGGCUUACGGCGUUAUUAUCAUUUAGGUAAUAAAAAGCAUACAUCUCCCUAAUUCGAGUUCAACUCUUAAACAAACAAUUUGUAACUUAUUUACACAUAACUCAGGGUCAAUGUAAAAAUAUCUUUGAGUGGUAUUAGUAUUCAAAACAAUAUAUCCAAGAGUAUCGCUUUUUUUGGAUUUAUGUACUAGCAAAUGUUUGUGAAUAUUAAUUUGUAAUUUACGUCUCGCCAUAUUUUGUUCUCUGUGAUCCUAUUAGUCACGAUAGCCCUGCGAUGUAAUCGAUAAACUUACAUUACCCAGUAGCCAAUCAAUAUGUACUAAAGCAAACGAAAUAUUAAAUAAUAUUUUAACAGGGUUUACAAUUAAUAUAGAUUAAAUCGAUGUAAA